UUAGUGAAAACACAGUUUUCCCUCUAAAGUGUUAUUACUUCGAAGUACCCGUCUUCCUUUGCAAUAUAAGACACGACGGUGUUCGGUGUUGCAGCACUAACGUUAGUCAAAGUCCGGAGCUGAACACGUUGCACGCGAAUCUUUUGGGGGUUUUAUCAGCAGCUAGCUCAAAACCGUCCGCUGAUGCCGUCUUUAGGAAUUCCUGCUGUUUUCGUAUUCGCACAUUUUUAGUUUUCAUCUUCACUUCACGCAUUGAACAUUCCCUCACAUUCAAUUAUUUUUUUCCAGCUAGAUUUCAUCAAUGGAACAAUAAAAUGGCUUUCUUGACGCUUUGUAUUUUGUUUUUGAUGGCGGCAGGGCCAUCAGCAGGUGGUAGCAUACCAGAUGCUGCCCAUGUUAGCCUUACUAGCCCUGGGGAUGUCAUCCUUGGGGCAUCAUUGCCAAUGCACGGAUGGUUCUCCGGAUCCGGGCCUCCGUGCAGCGGCUCGCUCGGUCGUUGGGGCAACGAGGUGGCUGCCUUGCUUAGGUUCGCCAUCGAAGAGAUCAACAAUCGCACCGAUCUCUUGCCCAAUGUCACCAUCGGCUACGACAUUCGCGACAACUGCUACUCGGAGACCCUGUCGGUGUGGACGGCGCUCAGCCUGGCAAGCACAUCCGAGAGACCCCAGGAGGAUGUCGAGUUCACCAAGAUCAGUCCGGCGGAGUACGGGAAUCUUUUCUGCAUCAUAGGAACUCAAUCGAGUGCCACUACAAUUCCGACGGCGCAGGCCGCCAGCCUGUAUCGCAUCCCUGUCAUCUCUCCAUUCGCAACAAGCAACGAACUCAGCGACAAGCGCCGGUUCCCCUAUUUUCUCCGCACGGUCCCUCCGGACAGCCUGCAGGCAAAAGCCAUCGCCGAUAUUCUUCUACAAUUUGGAUGGAAGUACGUCGGUCUGUAUUUCCAGUUGAAUACCUACGGAAUUCACGGAGCUCAGGCCUUGCUAGACCUCGCAGAGCUGCACGGCAUAUGUGUCGCUUUUUCCGUUCCCGUUCGGUCUCCGGGAACCAAGGCGGAGCUCUACGACGCCGUCAGUAGACUAGCUGCCUUCCCCAAAGCGCGAGUUGUGGUCAUUAUAAGUGAGGUCACAGCUGCAGGCAGCAUCGUCAGAACAAUCGAGGAACUCUUCGGUAUACCUCACAAUAUAACAUUUGUUGGCAGCGAUGCCUGGGCAUUUCCGAGUACAAUGCAUGCUAACCAUGGCGUCGAUCUGCGGGGACUGCAAGGUAGCAUUUAUGUGCAGCUUAAAUACAAUCAAAUUCCUGGUUUCGAAGAAUACUUCCGCUAUAUAGAGACAAGAGACGUAACAUUCUCCUCGUGGUUUCAGGGUUUCAAGGAUAAAUGGAUGAAGGACAAUCAGUGCUCCGAUAUCGCUCUUUGUCCGAUAAGAAUUGCAGCCAAUGACAACUUUUUGGUGGAUGCUGUUUAUGCAUUCGCGUACGGCCUGCAAGACUUGUUGCGCGAUCGAUGUAACGACACCACCGACUGUAAUUCCACGAUUCAGGCUAUAAGAGGACAGGAUUUUCUACCCUACUUACUGGGUCUCCGAUUCCAAGGACUUGCCGGGAAGUACGUUUUCGAUGUAAACGGUAAUCCCGGCGGAAAGUACAAAAUACUUAACUACCAGUUCCAAGACGAUGUCUUUCAAGUGGUUAGACUUGGAGAAUGGGAGGCAUCAGAGGACAGACGACUUGACGUGAAUUUAUCGGCUAUUCAGUGGGUCGGAGGGUCACGAGACCCUCCUGCCUCGCUAUGCCGAGAGAUCUGCACAUCGGGUCACAUCGAGGUACCGUUGGAGGAAAAAUGCUGCUUCGGUUGUCAACAAUGUCCAAACAACGCCAUUGUUCAAAACAACCUAUGCGAACAAUGCCCAGUGGAUGAGUGGCCAGAUGCUAGUUUUCAAGUUUGCCGUCCGAUUGUGCCGACGCCUCCAAGUUGGAGCGAGCCCACAGUGGUUUCCAUCCUGAUCCUUUCAGGCCUCGGACUGGUCCUGUCCCUUCUUGCAGCGCUGGGACUCUUCCACUACCGGCACCACGUGCUAAUCAAAGCCGCCAGCCGUGAGCUGAGCAGCAUCAACAUCUUGGGCCUCACUCUAGCCUUCCUUGCUCCAUUCCCGCUUCUCGUACCACCUACAGCUGUCUCUUGCCGUGCCUCGGAGAUCAUCGUCGCCUUGUGUUUCACCCUGACGUACGCACCGACUCUGCUGAAGGUCAACCGGAUCUACAGGAUCUUUGACGCCGGCAAGAAGUCCAACAAGCCCCCUCGUUUCAUGGGCCCUCGUAGUCAGCUCACAAUUGUACUGGGCGUCUUUGCAGCAAUGGUUGUGGUUGCUGUCGCCGGCACAUUAGCAAGUCCCACACUGCCAGCUAAGCUGAUUUUCUACCCUCCGGCCGACUACAUCGAAGCCUUCUGCAAGUUCGGCAACGGCUUCCUGGCUUCUCUGAUCUGCAAUCUCCUCAUAGUCCUAGUCUGCUGCUACUACGCCUUCAAGGCUCGCAAGGUACCCAGCAACUACAACGAGUCCAAGUUCAUCGCCAUCAGCGUGUACUCCACUCUGGUCUUCGGCAUGGCGGCCGUGCCCGUCUACAUCACGGCGGCUACCGUUCUGCAGAAGGUUGCCACGCUGUGCGUUGCCAUACUGCUCAACUCCUUCCUGACGCUGUUCUGCGUCUACCUGCCCAAGCUGUACGCCAUUCAACUGGCUAGGGAUGUUCAGGUGAGCGAAUGGCGGGCCAACGACAAGUCCUCUAGCGGCACCGGAUCGACUGGAGUUCAGUCAACUGUCGGAACUAUCAAAGUACAGCCAGUUUCUGGUGCCGUGGGAAUAAAGUAAAGUGUACAACAUCAUUGGGUCAUAAAAAAAUUAGCAACCGAGUACAAGUAGAAAGAUAAAACAUGCUUUAUAAAAGCAUUCAGUGAAAAUAUAUCACAUAAAACCCGUCUGAAUAAUUGAAGCUUUAAUAGUUUGAUGGUCUCCGAGGGUCACACUUAAAGCCUCCUUGAACCUGACUGACUGACUGACUGACUGACUGACUCCCCGUAGCAUUUCGUGAAGUAGGCUACAUAAUGCAUCAAAAGAUAUCAAUUGACUAUUCUGAAUCCGAUUGAUGGCAUUUUGUGCGGUCUAGGGGCAGCCUUAUAGGCAUGUCUUGUCUUGUGUUUAUUUCUUUUCCAAUGCUGGAUUGACUCCUAUUUUAUUAAGUAAAACUGCAAAAACAGUUGUGGCAAUUAAGCGCGUUUCUGUGUGGUUUUAACUUCGUGUGGCACAGUGGCAGGCAAUUUACAGAAAUUUCAUGUAAUCUCCAAGAAGGAGACAAAAGACAAUUUGUUGAAAUGUUCUAAGGAAUUUCCAUAAACUGUUAGGAAAAUGUUUUUU